AUUGAACGUUUCCAGAAAAGCAGAGUUUUUUUGUUACACGCUCUUUGGUGGAGUGAAACUCAGGCAUUCAUGCAUGCACACUCGUCUGGCAAAGCUUUCGUUUUCUUCCGCAAAAUACUUGCUGCCAAUCUUUUAAACGCAUGAAUGCAACGUUUCGUAUCUGCAGAUCUGCCCCUCGCAUAUUACAAACCGGUUUAUUGAAAUCUUUCACCUCCUGUCAUUAUAAGAUGGCAUCCACGAAACACAAGAACGCGAAAAGAAUAGAAGGUCUGGACAAGAAUGUAUGGGUGGCCUUCACAUCAGUUGCAGCAGAUCCUUCCGUUGUUAAUCUUGGUCAGGGUUUUCCAGACAUUCCUCCCCCUUCUUAUGUGAAAGAGGGUCUCGCUCAGGCUGCAAUGGUAGACAGGCUGAACCAGUACACACGUGGCUUUGGCCACCCAACACUGGUUAAAGCUCUGUCAAAAGUAUAUGGAAAAGUGUAUGACCGUCAGCUCGACCCGUUUAAAGAGAUACUGGUGACAGUGGGUGGAUACGGGUCUUUAUUUAGCACUAUGCAGGCUCUGGUUGAGGAGGGAGAUGAGGUUAUUAUUAUCGAACCUUUCUUUGAUUGCUAUGUUCCCAUGGUCAAAAUGGCAGGGGCCAAACCAGUUUUAAUACCUUUGCGAUUGAAACCGACAGCAACGUCCAGUAUAAGCAGUGGAGACUGGGUUUUGGACCAGAAAGAACUUGCCAGUAAAUUCAACUCUAAAACUAAAGCCAUCAUCAUCAACACACCCAAUAACCCGAUUGGAAAAGUAUUCAGUAAGAGUGAGUUGCAAGCUAUUGCUGACCUAUGUAUCAAACACGACACCCUGUGCUUCAGUGAUGAGGUAUAUGAAUGGCUCAUAUAUAAAGGCCACGAGCAUGUUAAGAUAGCAACUCUUCCUGGAAUGUGGGACAGAACGAUCACUAUUGGCAGUGCAGGGAAAACAUUCAGUGUGACUGGAUGGAAGCUGGGUUGGUCAAUCGGACCUGAACACUUGAUCAAACACCUACAGACAGUUAUGCAAAACACGUUGUAUACGUGUCCAACCCCGUUACAGGAGGCGGUUGGUCAGGGUCUUCUUCGGGAUUGUGAGCUGAUGGGUAAACCAGACUGCUACUUUUCCUCUCUAGCAUCAGAGUUGGAAGAGAAAAGAGAUCGCAUGGCAUCUAUGUUAAGACAGGCAGGCAUGACUCCAGUGGUUCCUGAAGGAGGAUACUUCAUGGUUGUGGAUGUCACAGCACUCAAUCAGGACCUGUCACAUAUAGCAGAUGAUGAAGCAUAUGACUACAAGUUUGUCAAAUGGAUGAUCAAAGAGAAGAAACUGGCUGCGAUUCCUGUGACAGCCUUUGUGGGGGAAGCGUCAAUAAAGCAGUUUGAGAAGUACAUUCGUUUGUGCUUUAUCAAGCAAGAGAGCACAUUGGAUGCAGCAGAAGCCAUUUUAAAGAACUGGAACAAGGGUUGACUUCUGAAUGCCUGAUCGUGCAGUGAUGUAGUAUUUUAAGCUUACCAAGUUAAAAGUGUGUACAAUUACAUACAGUGAAGAUUCACCCUGCCUUAAUACUGUAAGCAACAUGUAUGUUCAGAUUUACAAUGUCAUUAUUUAAAUUUGGUGUUCAUACAUCCUCUUACAAUGACCAAUACUGUGGGUGUCUUGAAUUUUGGGUUUGUAAUUGAGGUAUAACUUUAACGGUCUUUAGGUUCUUUGUGCAUUUUGACAUUAGUAUUUUGUCACUAAUUUUCUUACAUUUAUUCAUGGAUGUUGCUUGUAUAAAUAAAAUCCUUUCAGAAGUAAAUCAGCAGAUGACUGCGGGCCGGAUCCGCACUGGAGCAGCCGAUUUUGGCGCAGAUCCGGCCCAGAGUCGUGUGCUGUCUGGGUUGAAAGUGAGGGGAAAAUUACAUUAUGAAAUAAAUUAUUUUCUCUAACACA